ACAACAAUUUCAACAACAACAACAACAACCACAAAAUCAGGGGUCAAGUAUGGAAGAGUUGCUGAAAUCUUUUAUGCAAAGAAUGGAGAGUACGGUUAAGGAGUUGCAAACCCAAGUUGGUUCUAUAGCUAUUGAGUUGAACCAGUUGAAGGCACAAAAUGGUGGGAAACUCCCUUCUCAACAUAUCAACCUAAAAGAGGUUGUCAAUGCAAUUACGUUGAGAAGUGGUACACACCUUGUGCAACCCGAAGUUACUGAUUCGUCCAAAGAGGAAGCUCCAAAGGAACCUGUUUUGGAGGAGAAGAAUGAGGAUUCUCCCCAAAUUUCUGAGGUACCUAUUUUUAACUCUAAAACUCCUGGUUUUACUUAUGUUCCUCCUUUACCUUUUCCUCGCAGAUUUGUAAAUUCCAAGAAGGUGGAACUAGAAAAGGAUAUUUUAGACAUUCUUAAUAAGAUCCAUGUGAAUAUACCACUCAUAGAUGCAAUCAAGCAAGUUCCAAAGGAUGCAAAAGUGUUGAAGAACUUGUGUACCAACAAGCAAAGGCUCAAAGGAGCAAAAACUUCUAAGGGUGCUAAGGAAGUAAAAGACGGCCAUAGGGUGGACAAUCGCCGAUAUCAAGGGUAUAAGCCCUGUCGUUUGUACGCACAAGAUCCGUUUGGAGGAUGAUGGAAAGCCUACAAGGUUACAAUCAGAUUGUGAUAGCACCGGAGGAUCAAGAGAAGACUACUUUCACU